AUGCUUUAUAUAUCAAAACUUGCCGAAGUCAUAACAACAAUACCAACAAUUGGUCUCAAUAUUGAAACAGCAUCAGCAGUUGUUUUUGUUGUCGAUUCAAAUGAUCGUGAUAGAAUCGACGAAGCAUGUAACGAAUUACAUGAGAUGACAAAUGAAGAAUUAUUAAAAAAUUUACCUAUUCUCAUAUUUGCUAAUAAACAAGAUUUACCAAAUGCUUUAACAUUUGAUGAAAUCAAAGAAAAACUAAACUUACCAAAUUAG